AGAUAAAAAAUUAUGUAUACAAUUAUACAAAUGCAUUUUAUUGUUUCAACUUUAUAUAGAACUUCAUAUUACUCUUGAUUUUUUAUUUCUUCACGCAAGAGAUGCAAUAUUAUUUUUAUUGCAAUAAGAUGUAUACGUUACUGAAACUAACACUAUUGCGCAUGCGCGAAUUUGUCCCACGAUCUGCGAUCUUACCAUACUGUUACCGGCCCUUCGCUUUUCCAAGUUGCAACGUGGUAAUUGUUCCAUAAGCGACGAAGAUCCACUAAGAAAUUUUCUAAGAAGAAGUGUGUGCACUCUGGAGCACACGUCUUCAGGGAAAACAUGACAACGGAAAAUGCGGAGAUUCAAGGUCACACAUUAAACGGCGUUACUGAGGAUGAGGAUGUUGUGACACCAUGGAUAGUUACUAGUACCAAUGAUUCUGGGAUUGAUUAUGACAAGUUAAUUAGAAAAUUUGGUAGCUCCAAGAUAGACGAUGAGCUGUUAGCUAGAUUCGAAAAGAUUACUGGUAGAAAACCACAUCAUUUUCUCAGAAGAGGCAUAUUCUUUUCUCAUAGAGAUAUGCACACUAUAUUGAAUCUUUACGAACAAGGAAAGCCUUUUUACCUGUACACAGGUAGAGGACCUAGUACCAAUGCAAUGCACUUGGGGCAUCUCAUACCCUUUAUGUUCUGUAAAUGGUUACAAGAUGUUUUCGAUGUUCCUUUGGUCAUACAAUUAACAGAUGAUGAAAAAGCUAUAUGGAAGAAUAUAAAGAUAGAAGAUGCCAUUACACUAGCCUAUGCCAAUAUAAGGGAUAUUAUCGCUUGUGGCUUCAACCUUGAGAAAACAUUUAUCUUCUCAAACUUGGAACACAUAGGAAAUAAUCCGGCAUUUUAUCAGAACAUGAUUAGGAUACAAAGAAGCGUCACAUUCAAUCAAGUAAAGGGCAUUUUCGGAUUCGGAGAUAGCGAUCCGAUCGCAAAGAUUGCGUUUCCACCGACACAAGCGGCGCCGGCCAUUUCUAGUUCGUUUCCAUUCAUCUUCAAGAAUGCCAAGGUGAACUGUCUGAUACCAUGCGCGAUCGAUCAAGACCCGUAUUUUCGUAUGACGAGAGACGUGGCACCUAAACUCGGUUUCCCCAAGCCGGCCUUGCUGCAUUCGAGUUUUUUCCCGGCGUUGCAAGGACCCAAGACGAAAAUGUCAGCGAGCGACAACAAUACGGCGAUAUUUCUCACAGAUACUGCUAAGCAGAUCAAGAACAAAAUCAACAAGCAUGCGUUCUCAGGUGGUCAGGCGACUGUGGAGGAGCACCGACAGCUUGGCGGUAACUGUGAGGUGGACAUAUCUUAUCAAUGGCUGCGAUUUUUCCUGGAGGACGACGAGCGACUAGAACAAAUUAGAAAAGGCUACACUAGUGGAGAAAUCUUAACAGGCGAAUUGAAGAAGGAGCUGAUCGAUAUAUUGCAGCGAAUUGUCGCUGUGCAUCAAGAAACGAAAAGUAAAAUAACAGACGACGUGAUAAAACAAUUUAUGAUCCCUAGAGAGCUCGGCUUUGUAUGUCGAAAAUGAAGUAACACAUAAUAUGCACGCGUAAUAUGCACCGAAUUAUGCGAAACAUUUUUUAAACUCCUACAUUGUGGCUAGGUAUUUAUUUAUUUAUUGCAAAACGAUUAUUAUGCAAAGUAUUAUUACAAACGAUUAUUGUAAUCUUUCGCGCAUUCUUUUCGCAUUAUAAAAAAUUAAAUAUUAAUUUUUUUAUCUCAAUCUGCCUUAUAAAAAAUGAACUUAUAUAACUUAGUGUAAGUACUCUUUUGUAAAAAAAAAAAUUUCUUGUGCAAUUUUGAAAUUAUUUUAUAGGAAUACAAACACACACUUGCGACUUUUCACCAACAAUUUUAAAAACACUGAUCUUUCAAUCAGCGCACUACGAGAUAGUGAUAUAAAAAUAAAAAAAAAUAAAUAAAAACAUCGAAACAAAGGA